ACUGAAUGAACUAAUGAAAAAUUACUCAGUAUUCUGCCUUUUGUAGUCUUAUUUGUUUAGAAAAUGUGGAGAUUCACUCUGCUUUGUUUAUUUCUCUUUGACAUAAUUCACUCUGAAAAAUUGCCUGAAUACAUAAAGUCGUGUUCCCGAAACGACCCAAACCUAAACGCGUGUGCGCUGUCUUCAGCCAAGGAGUCAAUACGCCGAUUCUCCCUCGGCGACCCAGACAGAAACCUGCCACCACUAGAUCCGCUCUACGUGCAAGAAAUGACCGUGUUCAUCCCAAGGAAGAAUGGCCUCAAACUGGUAUUCUCGGAUAACUACUUCCAUGGACUAGCGGAUAUGGACUUGUUAGAUUUAAGGUUUGAUCUGAAAAAGAAGAUCAUAGCAGCGGAUGCGCUGGUGAACAUGGACGUGAAUAACAAUUAUGACUUGAGUGGAAGGAUUAUGAUUCUACCAGUCAAGUCCAACGGGGGAGCUUCUAUCAAACUAAAAAAUACGACAAUUCACAUUCGGUUUUGGUAUGAACAUGUGGAAGCUGAGGAUGGUAAAAUUCAUUGGAAGAUUUAUAAACAUGACAUCAAAUAUGAUGUGGAAAAAGCGGUAUUCAGAUUAGAGAAUUUACUGAGCGAAAUGGGAGUAGGGGAUCAAAUAAACAUAAUGAUAAACGAUUUAUGGAGGGAAAUAGUGGCUGAUGUGGGUCCGUCUAUUUGCAAUUCAUUGAGCGAAGCUGUGGUGAAGAAUCUAGCAGUUCUGUUGGAUCAAGUGCCCUAUGAUGACCUGAUGCCAGAUUCGUAAAUGCCUUAUGAAACAGACAUUUGCAAAUUUUGUUAGCAAUUAUUUUAUUUUUAUGCAGUUGGUUGAUGUGAAUGUGAAAAUUACUUUUCGUGAAUAACAUAAACAUGAUUAAGGCAAAUCUGAACGUUUUGUUUUUCGUUCUAAUUUUGCAUUUUCUGUAAUUGAAAUCUUUUGUCUUAUAAUCUAAACUAGCUGAGUCCUGAGGCUUCGAAGUGGGAACAUCGGGACAAAAGUAUCAUAUCUCACUCCGGAGUAAUAUAGCUUCCUACUGGUGAAAGAACUUUAGAUAUAUGUGAAGUUGUUGCGAAAAUCACCCCCUACACAUAAACUUCCUCUUUAUAAUAUUAGUGUAGAUUAAAAAUAAUCAUAAAAAUCUUUACAAUAAUGUAUUGCAACAUUCGUAAAAAUAGCAACAUGUACGAAAAGGUCUUUAUAAAAAUUUAAAAAUA